AUGACGGAUGUCGAGAUACUACGGAAAGUCUUAAAUCCGUCCAUACAAAUAAGUAAACUAUGUUUAUCGUAUGUAACUCGACUUUUCCCCGAAUAUAAGGAAUCUCCUUGUAUUAUUUUGUAUAAAGAAGUAUGUGAAUGUACUAAUAAUCAUUUAGAAUAUAUUAAUAAUGACCAAACAAGUAAGUUUGAUAUUACUGGCUCACCUUUAAAAUGUUCAUUUGAGGAAGUAGAUUUUGAGGAUAGCAUUAUUUUGGUGAAACAAAGUUGGUACAAAGAAGAAGAAAAGUAUUUACCACUAAGCAGAACAGAAGCAUGUGAUACAUUGAAUGCAUGCAUUGACUUUCUAAAAGUUGAUUUUCCUCCAAUAUUUGCACUUUGUAAUGGUAAUGACAAUAAAAAAACUAGAUUAUUAGGUACAACUAUUCAAAAAGACUGGUUUACUACAAUUGAAAUUUGUUCAGUUGAUAUUGAAACACUUGAAACCAUUAAAGAAUCAUCUACAUCAAUUCUUCAAGAACAUUUGAAACUUUCACAUGCAAAGGGGCACAAUGUUACUAUAUCUGCAUUUAAUACUUUUGAUUUAUAUGGAAUAAGUGAAGAAUUGAUAAACUGGGAUGAAAAUGUAAAGAGUAAUUUUGUAGGAAGUUUAGUUGUGGAAGUAGAUAGUUCCACUUUAUCAUUGUAUCCACCUACAAGAGCAUCAAAGAAUAACUUGGUUGCUCAGAUUGUUUCAGGGUCAAGUAACAGUCCUCUGAAAGAACUGUGGACACAAUUACUAUUGUUGAAUCAGUAUUUGAAUAUAGUAGAGGAAUAUAAAAAGCAGAUAAGUUCAUCUUAUACUCCAUCACCUUUGGAAUUUCCAAAAGAUUUCACAAGCUCAUAUAAAGAAGAACAUACCGAAAUAAUGAAAAACAUAAAUCUUUUGUUAAAUGGAGAUUAUAGUUAUAGACCUGAUACUGUUGAUACAGAUAAAAUAAAUUUUAUAAACGAAGAAAAUUUAGAAAAUACUGUACAAAUUAAACAAUGUAUACAGGCUCUUCCAUUUAGGUAUAAUUUAGAUUUUACUGACUUCUUAUGGGAAUUGCUCAUUAAGAAUUCAAAUUAUUUUGAUAUGACAAAAUGUAUUCACACAGUACUUGAAGAAAUUAUAAUGAAUGAAUGUUUUGCACAGGUAAAUUUAACAAAUUCAACAAGAUUUGCUAAAGUUAUCACCAAUCCAAGUCAGCAUAGAAUAAUUUCACCUUUACUGUCAGGUAGUUUACCAUUAGAAUAUGUUAUAGAUAUGGGUUUUGAAAAAUUGUAUAGAGACUAUACAUAUAUUUUAAUAAGUUCAAGAUUUAGUGACAAACACAACAUCCAAGAAAAAUUAGGAAAUAUUUCAUGUGGUGAAUUUGUAGUUGAUGUCUAUAGGGAAAGAUUACAACGUUUGUCACAAAUUCAUAUGUGUUUGGAAUUUAUGUUAUUGUUGCAAGACAAUUUAGAAUGCUCCACUGAUGAUUUGAGGUCUCUGUAUCUGUGUGCUUUUCAACAAUACGUUUCUGAAAAGUCGCCCAUACAAAAUAGUGAUUUGAAUGAAAACAUAAUUUAUACGUUACGCGCUCCACUUCCGGUUUCAGCCAUUAAUAUUUUGAAUAAGGAAAUUCUCACUACACGAAGAAUUUCACUUUCAUCCGAGUCAAAGUUAUCAAAAUUGACAACUAUUAAAUAUUAUAAUCGAAUACCCAUAUUUCCAAGAAGCAUAUAUCCGUUAGAUGAUUCAAACAUUAUAGAUGAUCCAUAUUAUGUUACAAGUGUCAUUUGUUCAUCUAAUAAAUUCAAGUAA